GACGUUGGGUUGCUGGCCGUCAGCGACUUCUUGCACGAACCCAAGAAAUUGCAUCUUUUGCAUUUGUGCACUUCUGUCCCACAGAACUCCUUGCUCUCCGCUGAUCUCGCUGUGUGAUGCGUUCCGUCGUGCGUUCGCUGCUUGCGUGACAUUGCGAAUUUUCCGUCGAUGCGGGAAAAACGUUUCCGACUGAAGUUGAGUUUUCGCGUGUGCAAUUCACAGUUUGGAACAAGUGACAAUCGCCGCGCGAGGAUACUAAACAAACGAGCCGGCAAGCACUCCGCGAGUGCAAGGGAUUAACUCCGCUCGUGGACUAAGUGGAUUAGACCGUAACGGCCGCCGGGAGCUGCAUUCUCGCCGAAUAGUUCGUCCUUGCCUUGAAGUCCUCGUGAACUAAGCGAGUGCGUGCGCGACUUACUCUGGAAUCCGACCCUGUACCUUGUGCUCGACUUGUACCCCGUCCCUGCUGUCACCCCAUGCAAAAAUGCUUUUAGGGUCAACAAGGGACGUAAAAGUGCGCGCUGUGAAAUAAUAACGGAUUUACACUCGAACAACAAAAAGAACCGCUUGGUUGACAGUGUCGGAAGGAUUGCGGGAAGUGGCGACCACCGACCAAAGUUUAACGACUGAAAAUGUGCUCGUGACAUUGUUCUGGGUUUUGUGAAGAGUCUCCGAGUGACCGCCGUUUUUUGACCCCAUCCGUGGUAGGUGUGUAACGGUGGUUUCUGCCGAGGCACGAGAACGCGGCCGCGAAAGGAUACUAUGCAUCGUCGCAGGCUCCUCGAACAAUAUUCCCACAUUGGAGCCGAACAGCCCUCCUAGACACCUAGGGGUACCGCUUGGAGUGUUAGUCGCAAAGUGUUUCACUCAGUCCCCAUUCGCCACACAAUUGGAGUCCAAAAAUGCCGAAAAUGAAUUUUAGAACCAACGAAUCCCCGAGAAUAUGUUGAACAAGUAACGAAGGAAACAUAAGAAACGGUGCCGCGAACAAACGAGGUACAACACCGCAACCGUACCAAACCUCGAAGUCUUUCUCCUCGAAAUUUUCACUUUUCCGAUCUCCUUGAAUUAUUAUUUGUUGCGCCUUCCAACAACCUCUUCGCCAUUCUUGACAAAGAAAAGUCUGAUUUGUCGCCUCCUCGACGUGUCCUUAACUUUUCAAUUCUCCUCCGCGAUAGAUUUAGCUCCUGAAAGAAAAGUUCCUUCCAAACGUGCCGCUUUAAUGCAGUUUCGGAAAGGAAAGCAUCGAAGAAAAACGUCUCAAGAUCCGGUCGUUAGUCGUUAAGAGAUCGCACGCAACAUUUUCCGCGUUUUACGUAAACCGAUCAAUUUUCAAAGUAGAUUAAUUAAAAACAACAAAAGAUCAAAAUGAUAAGCAGAAGCAGUUGUAGCCGCAGCAUCAGCAGCAGCAGAACCAUGAAUUGGAUUAACCUUAGCCUUUUGGCGUGGAUUUUAAUUUUUGUGAUAUCCGUUAGUCAGGUGGAAAGUUCCGGCCUAUUUGAAUUACGUUUGAAAUAUUUUAAUAAUGAGAACGGCAUCGAUAACGAAGGACAAUGUUGUAGCGGUGAUAUUGACGCGGUAACGGGCAAAUGUUCGGGUACGUGUAAAACAAGAUUUCGUGUUUGUUUAAAACAUUAUCAAACGAAAAUUGAUACAACAUCACAGUGUACGUUUGGUGAUGUUGUAACGCCUGUGCUCGGUGAAAAUUCAGUGAAUUUAACAAGGAUUACAUCACAACAAAAAUAUCGUGGAUUUUUGAAUCCGAUUCAAUUUCCAUUCAAUUUUGCAUGGCCGGGUACUUUCACAUUGAUAGUGGAAGCUUGGCACGAUGUGAAUGAGUCGGAUUCACGAUCACCAGGUGUUCUGAUUUCGCGUCUAUCUAUUCAAAAAGUUUUGGAUGUAUCACCCGAGUGGACCAAAGAUCAUCAUGUCGCCUCACAUUCAUCCAUACAAUAUGAUUUUCGUGUAACGUGUGAUGCUCAUUAUUAUGGUGCCGGUUGUGCGAAUUUAUGUCGUCCGCGCGAUGAUAAAUUCGGUCAUUAUACGUGUUCAGAAACGGGAGAAAUUGUUUGUUUGUCCGGUUGGCAGGGUGAAUAUUGUGAAAAACCUCGAUGUUUACCAGGCUGUGACGCGCAACACGGUCAAUGCAACAAGCCGAAUGAAUGCACAUGCCAUCUCGGUUGGAAGGGACCGCUGUGUAAUGAAUGCGAACCGUAUCCAGGUUGCCUUCACGGUACAUGCCAAAAACCUUGGGAAUGCCACUGCAACGAGGGCUGGGGUGGUCUAUUCUGCAAUCAAGAUUUGAACUAUUGUACCAAUCACAAGCCAUGCCAAAAUGGAGGAACUUGUUUUAAUACCGGACAAGGUUUAUACACUUGCCAAUGUCCGCCGGGUUUUCGCGGAACUGAAUGUGAGAUUGAGAUCAACGAUUGUGCUACGUCGCCUUGUUUAAAUGGUGGAACCUGCCACGACAAUCAGUCGUCCAGAAAUUACACGUGCGAGUGUAAAAAAGGAUGGACUGGAAAGCAUUGCGAGGAGAAAACUGUCACCUGUUCGGAUAAUCCUUGCGUACAUGGAAAAUGCAAAGACGUUAAAUCGGGGUUUAAGUGCGAAUGCCCUUUCGGUUACAGCGGGGUAGGUUGUGAGACUCAAGUUGAUGACUGCAAUCCGAACCCUUGUGAGAAUGGAGGGUCGUGUGUAAGCAAGGAGAAUACAUUUCAAUGUCUCUGUCCAUCUGGAUUCGCCGGAAAGCACUGCGAAGACAACAUUGACGACUGCCAAGGAAAUCCUUGCAUGAAUGGCGGAACUUGCGUGGACAUGGUGAACCAGUUUCGAUGUCAAUGCAUCCCCGGUUACAUAGGCUCGUUGUGUGCCGAAAAAGUUGAUCUUUGCUUGACGAAACCCUGCGCUAAUGGUGGCAGUUGCAUAAAUCUGAACAAUGACUAUAAGUGUUCCUGCAGACCUGGCUUCACCGGAAAGGAUUGCAGUGUAGAUAUUGACGAGUGCAGUUCAUCGCCGUGUCGAAAUGGAGGAACAUGUGUUAAUCGGGUGAACAGUUUUCAUUGCGUCUGUCCAGGAGGUUAUCACGGCAAUCAGUGUGAGGAUGAAACAUACUCGGCUAAUUUCGAUGCUCAACAAUUUGAAGGAAGUCAAACUGGACGAAGCGACGGACUGACGAGUGGACAAGUUGUUCUCAUAGCAAUUCUCUCGGUCGCUAUGCCUGUUGUAGCCGUGAUAGCUGCAGGUGUUGUGCUUUGCAUGAAAAGAAAAAGGAAGCGUGCACAAGAAAAGGACGAUGCAGAGGCCAGGAAGCAGAAUGAACAAAAUGCGUCGGCUAACUUACACCACGGUAGCUCAGCCUCAGCUAAACGAAGCUCAAGCACUGGCAUGAGCUUCAAUGACAACUCCACCAAUCCGACCAUCAUCAAAAACACCUGGGAUAAGAGCGUCAACAAUAUAUCCAGUUCAGCGAGUGUCGAUGAUUGUCUAAUGAACACUAGUCUCUACGGUGCUAUGUCCAACUACAGCGACAAUAACGCCAAUAGCGAAUGCUUCAAUUCCAUCGUACCACCCCUGCAGCGUGCCAAAUCGCAAAAGCAGCUCAACACAGAUCCAUCUCUCAUGCAUCGUGCCUCACAAAUAUUCAGCAAUCAGGCUCACCAAAAUCAACAGGGCCAACAACAGCAGCAAGCAACCAAAGAAUAUAUGCUCGAUAGCAAGCGAAUAUCCGUGCUAGGAGCGAAUGGUGGAGUAGGCGGUGGCGGUAUCGUUGACACCGUUUCUCCCUACUGUAACUCGUCCGCACGAUGGACGACGCAAAAUCCGCCGGUCGGCUCACAAACACCCUCCGGGGCGGCACCAACCAUCUCGUCAGUGGUAUCGGGGUCGGUGGCGUCACAGCGACCGAUCAUCUGUAGUCCGUCUCAUAUGUAGUGAUUUUAAAUUAUUAAUAUUAAUAUAAUUUUUUAUAUUUUUUUAUCACAACAAAUAUCGUUUUCUAGGUCUUAUAUUUAAAAGUAAAACAAACAAAAAAAAAGAAAGCUCUGAAAAAAAUUCAAAUGAUACAUUUUAAGUAGGACAUGAGAAGAAAGUUAAGAUUAUAUAGCAUAAACAUGGUUUUUCGUUUUAAAAAACUAUGUUUAUAGCAACAGAGAUGGAAAACUAUCUCCUGUACUUUGGGGGGAACGAAUAUUUCGCGAAAAUAUCAAGUUCUCACUUUUUUUUCGUCUGACUGAUUGGUUGUCAAAUGUUAUAAUAUAAUUUAAAGAAAGAAUCAUAGCGCAUAAGUGAUGUAUAAAAUGGUAAGCUAAGAGUGGAUAAAGAUGAGAGUAUCUUUUAAAUAUAAAACUUUAAGCGGAAAAGCAAAACAAACACCUGGAAGAAUUUUGCAAACAUGCUGUUUCCUAAAAAAUCCAUAGUUUCUUCACUUUUUAUGCCUAAAUAUAUUUUACUUAUAAUGUUUUAAGUAAUUUAUUUAUGUAUGUAAAUAAUUAUAGUAUAAAGUUAUAUUUAUAUAAAUAAAACCAUAUAAGUAAAA